GGUCGGGCGGGGGCGGCUCGGGUUAUUGUAAACGCGCAGGGAGUUUAUUGGGGGUUAGAAACAAUCCGAUGGAAAAAUCCAAAAAUUUCCGGAUCGAUGCUCUCCUAGCAGUCGACCCUCCCAAAGCAGCCGCCUCCGCCUCCGCACAGACCUCCCCGCUGGCCUUGGUCACCUCCCUCGCCAACACCUCUGGCCACAGCAGCAGCAGUAACAGCAGCUGCAGCCCCCCGUCCUCCUCCGAGCGCCACAGCGGCGGCUCCUCGGACUGCCUUCGGACUGAGAGCCCCUCGCCGCCGCGGAUCCUCACCGCGCAUUGCGGGCUGGUGCCCAAGCCCGGUUUCCUGACCAGCACCAGCAGCACCAGCAGCCAUCACCACCACCAUCACUCUGCCGGGAGCAUGGCCCUGGGACUGCACCAGGGGGGAGCGGGCAUCGCCACCCAGGCCGCCCUCUACGGGCACCCCAUGUACAGCUAUUCAGCAGCCGCUCUGGCCGGGCAGCACCCCGCUUUGUCCUACUCCUACUCCCAGGUGCAGGGGCCUCACCCCUCUCACCCUGCCGCAGACCCCAUCAAACUCAGUGCCGGGACAUUUCAGCUGGAUCAGUGGUUACGAGCGUCCACGGCUGGCAUGAUCCUCCCCAAAAUGCCGGACUUUAACUCCCAGGCGCAGUCCAACCUGCUGGGGAAGUGCCGGCGGCCCCGCACCGCGUUCACCAGCCAGCAGCUGCUGGAGCUGGAGCACCAGUUCAAGCUGAACAAAUUCCUCUCCCGGCCCAAGCGCUUCGAGGUGGCCACGUCUAUGCCCUGUGCCCCCCCCCAGGUGAAGAUCUGGUUCCAGAACCGGCGCAUGAAGUGGAAGCGGAGUAAAAAGGCCAAGGAGCAGGCGGCGCAGGAGGCCGAGAAGCAGAAGGGCGGCCUGGGCGGGGAAGACAAGGCGGACGAGGAGCUGCUGCUGCCUGCCCCGGAGAAGAGCAGCGGCCGCCGGCUGCGGGAGCUCAGGGACAGCGACCCCGAGGAGGAGGACGCCGGACACUGCUGCCCAUACAACUCCUCCGACUGCUCCGAGGGGGACGAGGAGGAGACCCAGCCCCGCAGCCGGCACGCCGCGCCGCUGCAGCCGCCCCCCGGCCAGCCCCAGUGAGCCGGCAGGCGAGCUCCCCUUCCCACUGCUGCUGCUAGCCGGGCCCAGCCCUUCUAGCCCUGCACCUGCCUGCCCAGCUACCAGACCGGCCCUGCUGCCCACCUAUGCCCUGCAACCUCCACGCAGGCUGCCCGGCCCCUCUGCCCACCUAGCCCCCCCUCCAGACAGGCCGGUCCCUCUGCCCAUCCCUACCCCAGACAGACAAAUGCACACUCCCCUCCCCACCUUCCCUCGGCCACCUCUAGACACACCCAAACGCCUCUGCCCACCACUGCUGCAACCACCCCACACCUCUCUCUACAGCCCAUCCUUAAGUCCCUUCCCCAGACCUCCCACUCCCCAGCCACAUACACAUUUUCUUCCCAUCCACUAUUCCCCUGGGACACACAGCUGCCCAUUGCCACCAUCAACACACCCUCCUCUGCCCCGUCUGCUUUUGCUCCAUCUCUGCAGCCUUUGGCGUCAGUGAAAUGAGCCCCAAAUGCCUCCAUCUCCCUGCACAAGAGGAAGAACAGCCAAUCUUAGACCAGUACCUUUUAUCUCUACAUGGGAAAUAUUCGGUCUUCAGCUGCCACAAGCUCAGAUUCGUCACUGCUCUUUGGCGUCAGCAUUUCAGCUCUCAUGUAACAAACAGAAAAACCAAGCAGCUCCUAAUAGAGGUGAGAAGCUCCUGGGAAGGUUUGGGAUUGUCUGUGGAGGUACAUUGACAAAAGGAUUCUUCUUCCUACACAUGUAGAGAAGAUUUACAGUUCACCACAGUGUUAAGAGACAUUUUAAAAAACUUGAACCUACCCAUGGAAACCCUGUUCUUUUGCUGAGUAUUGGAAAUGUUUCGUGCUUAUUAUAUAUCUGGAAAACUGUCAUGAACGUUAAAACCGCUGGAAAUCUCAAGACUGUACUGUCUUUAUUUUUGUAUAUUGUAUUUAUAAAAAGGGUACCUCUACUUAUGCAUGCUAAAUUAUUAUCCAGCUUCUCCAUCGUCCAUGAUGGUAUGUAAAAUAAACAACAUUUUGUACUUGAGGCUUCUGUUCAAUUUUUGUAAAGGACUUGGUUUGGCUACCAGGGUCUGAGAUCUGAAUUUAUACUGUACCUGGAAUUAUUUGCCACUUUACUAUACAGUUAAUUUGUAUAGUCCAUGGAAAAACUGGAACGAAAUUAUGCCUUUAAAUCCAUACACCACCUCACAAGGACUGGAGGAAGGACCCUAGAUUUAUGGUUAAAUAAAUCGACUACGUUGAA